AUGAAAAAGAGAUCAAGAAAACGAAUUGAAGCUCCUAAGCCUAGUACAAUAUUGAUGAAAGAAAAUGAAUGCAAGAAGAAGAAGAAGAUGAAUGAAGGAGAAUGGAAGGCUAAACUUCAAUGGCUCAAAUUGGGGGAUGACAAUACAGCUUUCUUUCAUCAUAGUAUUAAUCAUCGUGUUCGAAGCAACAUAAUUAAUUUUUUGCAUAUGAAUGGAGAGGACUAUGAUCCUGAUAGGAUUCAGCAAGGUAAACUUUUGGAUCUCACUUUUUCCGAUGACGGGAUCAAAAAUGCAUUGUGGAGUAUUCCGGAUGAGAAGGCUCUUGGUCUGGAUGGUUUCAAUAGCAAAUUUUAUAAGGCCUCUUGGAGUAUUGUUGGUAACGAUGUUAUUUCAGCCAUCAAGGUUUUUUUCCUCACUGGUAAAAUGCUUAAGAGUAGGAAUACAACCACUAUAACUUUGAUCCCUAAAGUUCAAUGUCCAUCAUAUCCUAGGGAUUUUAGGACAAUUUCGUGUUGCCAUGCUCAAGGUGCGUUUGUGGCUGCUAGAAAUAUCAUGCACAAUAUUUCACUAUGCCAAGAUCUUGUGAGGCAUUAUACUAGGAAGAAUUGUGCCCCCAGUUGUCUUAUGAAGAUUGAUCUUUGUAAGGCGUAUGAUACUAUGAGUUGGCAGUUUAUCAAGGAGGUGCUUGUUGUUUUGAACUUCCCUCAUACUUUUAUCAAGAUCAUUAUGAUGUGUAUAACUUCGACGAGUUAUGUGCUCAUGCUCAAUGGUACUCCUACUCCUGUUUUUAGCGUAAAGAGGAGCCCUCAACAAGAAGAUCCACUUUCCCCUUUGCUUUUUGUUAUUGGCAUGAAAUAUAUGUCCAGAAUUUUGAGGAAUGCAGAAGGCACCUUUGAUUUUCAUCCUAGAUGCAAAACUAUUAAAUUCUCUCACCUUUGUUUUGCAGAUGAUGUGAUGUUGUUCUCUAAGUUAGCUAUUUAUACUGCUGGAAUUCCUACUGAUAUAUGGGAGGAGAUCAGGACUACAUCGCAAUUUACUUAUGGUUCUCUUCCUUUCAAGUAUCUUGGGGUUCCUCUUUCUUCCAAACGACUCAGCAUAGUUCAUUUCGAGCAAAUACCUGACAAGAUGACUUGGAGGAUUAGAGCCUGGAGUGCGAAGAACCUUUCUUAUGCUGCUCGCCUUCAAUUAAUAAAUUCUGUCUUGAUGGGAAUCUCCACCUAUUGGUGCCAGAUGUUUAUCCUCCCUCGCCGUGUAUUAAGACUGUUAAUUUCAUUUGUCGUUCCUUUUUAUGGUUUGGUGUGCAUGAUUCACAAAAACUUGAGCAUAUGGGUGCAUGGUGUCUAUACUAAGGGUGAUCGUUGGGAGAUCUUCAAUGCCCCUAUCACUGCUAGUUGGACAUUGAAGAAAAUUUUUGGUGUCAAAGAUCUUCUUUUGACUUGGAUUGGUUUUCAAUUCCAAAGACUCGUUUUAUCUGUUGGAUGGCUACUAUUGAGAAGCUUAAGACAAAGAACAAAUUGA